AUGGGUGCGGCUGAAAACGUUCACGAUGAUGAUGGAACCUUGGAGAUUGGAAUGGAAUAUAGAACUGUUUCUGGGGUUGCUGGACCAUUGGUUAUUCUUGAAAAAGUUAAGGGACCUAAGUAUCAAGAGAUUGUUAAUAUUCGGUUAGGAGAUGGAACUACUAGGCGUGGCCAAGUUCUAGAAGUUGAUGGCGAAAAAGCUGUUGUUCAGGUUUUUGAAGGUACAUCUGGGAUUGACAAUAAAUUCACAACUGUGCAAUUUACUGGAGAGGUGUUAAAAACUCCUGUAUCACUGGACAUGCUUGGCCGCAUUUUUAACGGUUCAGGAAAACCAAUUGAUAAUGGUCCACCCAUAUUGCCUGAGGCUUACUUGGAUAUAUCAGGAAGUUCCAUCAACCCUAGUGAGAGAACCUAUCCAGAAGAGAUGAUUCAGACAGGAAUAUCUACAAUUGAUGUCAUGAAUUCUAUCGCCAGAGGUCAAAAGAUCCCUCUAUUCUCAGCUGCUGGUCUCCCCCAUAAUGAAAUUGCUGCACAGAUAUGUCGCCAGGCUGGCUUAGUCAAGCGACUAGAGAAAUCCGAUAAUAUUCUCGAGGGUGGAGAAGACGACAAUUUUGCUAUUGUGUUUGCAGCCAUGGGAGUUAACAUGGAGACUGCACAAUUUUUCAAACGUGACUUUGAAGAGAAUGGCUCUAUGGAGAGAGUGACCCUUUUCCUUAAUCUGGCAAAUGAUCCUACAAUUGAGCGUAUCAUCACUCCUCGUAUUGCUCUUACUACUGCUGAAUAUUUGGCAUAUGAAUGUGGCAAGCACGUUCUUGUGAUACUCACAGAUAUGAGUUCUUAUGCUGAUGCUCUUCGUGAGGUAUCUGCUGCCCGAGAAGAAGUGCCUGGUAGACGUGGGUAUCCUGGUUACAUGUAUACAGAUCUUGCAACAAUAUACGAACGUGCUGGAAGAAUCGAGGGGCGAAAAGGCUCUAUCACGCAAAUUCCAAUUCUAACCAUGCCUAACGAUGAUAUUACACAUCCAACUCCUGAUCUUACUGGGUAUAUCACUGAGGGGCAGAUAUAUAUUGACAGGCAGCUACAUAACAGACAGAUAUAUCCACCAAUCAAUGUUCUUCCAUCGCUCUCCCGAUUAAUGAAGAGUGCCAUUGGAGAGGGAAUGACACGAAAAGAUCACUCUGAUGUGUCGAACCAGCUCUAUGCAAAUUAUGCCAUUGGAAAAGAUGUCCAAGCAAUGAAAGCCGUGGUCGGAGAAGAAGCACUUUCCUCCGAGGAUCUGCUGUAUCUGGAAUUUCUGGACAAGUUUGAGAGGAAGUUUGUUGCACAAGGAGCUUAUGAUACCCGAAACAUCUUCCAGUCUCUAGAUCUUGCAUGGACAUUGCUUCGUAUUUUCCCUCGCGAGCUUCUUCACCGUAUACCAGCAAAGACACUCGAUCAGUUCUACAGUCGAGACGCAGGAAACUGA